GGAAGUUGGAAUUGCGAUUCCAGAGAUGGCUAAUCCCACAGUUUCUCUUUCUCUCUUUUUCCUUUCUCCUUGUAUACUGACAUGAACAACUUCAACGCUACAACGAAUCUUUCUUCUCCUCUAGAUUCCUUCCCAAGACACCCUCACCGCAUUGAAGGGCUUGGCUCUUCCCGGAGAUGUUUUCGUUUGUGGGUCUCGUGUUCCUAUCUGGGUUUUUCCUGGGAAUUGUCGCCAUCCUGGCGGCCGAAGCUGCGGGAUUGAUGUAUCUCGUGAAGCGAUUGAAUCGGAAGAGAGAUCGGCUUGAGUCAAAACCCGGCUCUGCUCCAUCUACAAAGGAUUAUAAUCCCGGCGAAUCCUUGGAUUUCUGUCUCAAUAAACAGGGAGUGAUCUGGAUUUUGGAGGGCAAUGAAGGUCUUAAGAACUGGAUGAAGGAAAAGUUACCAAAAGGACAGAAGAGGAAGAGAGACUUCUUGGAGAUUCAUCCCCUUCGAAAAUUCGCUCGAAUUAAAAAUCACGAGCUGAUCUUGUCUGAUGCUGAUGGCACUCAGGCUACUGUUUCUUUGAAAUGUUGCUCUAUUGAGGCUGUUUCAGGGUCUGAUCUCCCUACAAGAAAAUGGGCUAAAAGAUUUCCUAUAAAAGUUGAAAGCAAGAUUUCUUCAGCUUUGUACAAGGGAAGCCAGGUGUUUUACAUCUAUCUCGAGACUUCUUGGGAAAAGGAAUCAUGGUGUAAAGCCCUUCGUCUUGCUGCUUGCGAAAAUCAGGAAAGGUUUAUUUGGUACUCCACCAAAUUGCAAGAAGAGUUCCGUAGUUAUGUGACGUCUCUCAGUGUUGCAUAUCCUUCAUUUAUGAAACCAUCUGUUGGGUUUAGUUUUGAGACACUUGACAAAGGGAAUAGAACGGAUGGUUCUUCCUCAAAGGUGCGCUUGUUCUUGAAGAGAUUUUCAAGAAAGCGAUCAAAUCGUGAAGACAGGAAAACUUCUGUCCGUUCUAAUCAAGAUUCACAACAUGGAAGUAGCUCAGGGAAGAGCAUUUCAGGAAAGAAGAUGGGUGACAAUAUCACAGAUGAAACUGAUGUGCCUAUAUUUUCACGUUCUGUUAGCCAUAGCAGUCAUCUUUCUGGGGUUUCGGAUGGAGACUCUGAAGAUAAGUUUGAUAUGGAUGAAGGAACAUUGGCGUGGAACUUGCUAAUUUCUAGGCUAUUUUUCGAUCUUAAACGGAAAGCAGGAGUGAAGAAUUCGGUGCAAGCACGAAUCCAGCGGUUGUUAUCCAACAUGAGGACUCCGAGCUAUAUAGGCGAACUGAUCUGCUCCGAUGUUGACACUGGAAAUCUCCCACCUCAUAUACAUGGAACUCGGGUUCUUCCAAUGGAUAUGAGCGGUGUGUGGGCAUUUGAACUAGAUAUUGACUACUCUGGUGAAGCGGUGAUUGACGUUGAAACACGGGUUGACAUCCGUGAGGUGGAUCUACAAAAAGGCAUUACGGACACAAAGUUGCCGCCAAGCUCUGCAGGGGAAGUCCCGUCAAACCCCAUUGAAGAAGAUUUUGAAAAGCAAUUAGCCAUCCCUGUGGAAACUGUUGAUGCAGGGCAUGUGGAAACUGGUGGAUCCAAUAAAGCAGAUGAAUCUAGGGGCUCAAAAGGAACGAAGGCAGCUCCAAAUGGUGUAUCUAGGUGGAAAUCUAUUCUUAAAAGCAUUGCUGAACAAGUUUCUCAGGUGCCUAUCUCUUUGUCAAUACGGGUGUCUUCUCUUCGAGGGACACUGCGGGUACAGAUGAAGCCGCCUCCUUCUGAUCAGUUAUGGUUUGGAUUCACGAGCAUGCCUGAUAUAGAAUUCGAUCUCGCAUCUUCUGUUGGGGAACACAAAAUCACCAACAGCCAUGUUGCAACGUUCUUGAUCAACCGGUUUAAGACGGCAAUACGAGAAGCGGUGGUUCUUCCAAACUGUGAAAGCCUAACGAUUCCUUGGAUGAUUGCUGAAAAAGAUGAUUGGGUUCAACGCAAAGCCGCUCCAUUCAUGUGGCUUAAUCAAGAAAACGAUCAAAAUAGCUACCUGGCAACAGAUGCGAGAUCUAAAUCUGACAAGCCACCGCCUUCUUCCUCCUGUGUUCAGUCUGAGCAAAUGCAGAAAAAUGCAAACGCCACCCAGAAGCUGAUUAUUUCUGAAGCACGGACUAUGUCUUCUUCCUCCUGUGCUGAGACUGAGCAAAUGCAGGAAGCUGCCAAUGCCGUCCAGAAACCGAAUACUGAAGCAGAGGCUAUGUCUACGCCAGUGUCAAAUUCCACAACUGUAACAGUAGAGAGUGACAAAUCCUUGGGAGACCUGAAAACUCCAUUACUGCUACCAAGCAGCAGUGAAAAGCAGGAGACGAACUCAAGAGGCAGUACCGGAGAGAUGACGGUUGUUCAGUCACCAUCUAGGUCGAUGAUACUUUCAAGUGAAGAAGAUGAUUCAAGGGGAAAGAAAUUGGGAAGAAGAGCAAGGAUGUUUGAUCUUGGGAAGAAAAUGGGGGAGAAGUUGGAGGAGAAGAGGCGUCAUAUGGAAGAAAAGAGUAGACAAAUUGUUGAGAAAAUGAGGGGACCUUCUUAACAUGAGAGAGGAGAAGCCAUUGCAGGUUUCUGAUACAAAAUUGAUUUAUAGAAGCCGAGGAAGUUCGGUAUUGUUACAUGUACAGCACCUUGAGAGAAAGCCAUGGAUGUCUCCGGUUUUUAUCGGAUAAUUGAUCAAUUUGUGGCGAAAUGUUUAUUGUUUAUAUAAGUACAAUACAAGAAAACAGUUUCUCGUCUGAACUCAAUUAUACAUAGGAAGUUGCUAGAAAAACCAAAGAGAAACACAACACAAGCAAAGCAGAGAUUCUUGAUACAAAGAGAGAACCUUC